UGCGGCAAGUAUGACUCGUACUCGUAUAUGUAGUCUUUUGGGUUGUCUUGGGUUGAUACUUUUGGUAUGCACUGUGGCUGUGGCUGCCGAGGAGAAAGCCUACAAUGUCGAACUGAACUCAUUCGAAAAGAAUCCCAAAAUCAACGACGAUGAGAAAUGGGUCGAUUGGGGCGAUUUGCGCAUGAAGAAGGUCUCCAAAAAUAAGUUCACCUUGACCGGCACCUUUGAGUUCAAACGGAAUAUGGGCGACGAGCAAAAGCUAUCGAUGCAAGUCUUCAUGUAUGACGAUUCCACACAAGAGAAGGGUGCGAUGGUCAUGAAUGUGGAGAAACCGUUCUGCCAGUUCGUCAACGAGGACGAGGACACGUAUCCCUAUCUGCAGAAGUCAUCCGAUUUGCCCGAACAGGGCGGUUGUCCCUUCCCAAAGGGCACCUACACCAUCGAUAAGUACGAGCUGGAGACAACAUUUCUGCCCGACGAUGCUCCCAAGGGCGAUUAUCUCAUCGAGCUGAACACCCUCGAUAAGGAUAUGCCCGUCACAGGACUUCUUGCCUCCGUUACGCUCACCUAAUGGAAACUCGUUUAUUUUCUGCUUUUUGUUUAUUAUCUACUAUUAUUAGUUAUUUUGUUGUUUUAGUUCAGCUUUUCUAUUCCUAUUUCUAUUUCUAUUGUUUCUGGGUGGAUCCAUUUGACACUGCAAGCGUUUUAUAUAUCUGAUAUCUGAAUAUGUGUACUUAUGUCUCUUAAGGUAGACUUAGUUUGUUCUCAGUUUCUUCAUCGCUCAAAUAUACAAGAAAUGCUUUCGCUUUCAAGGACC